AUGGUCCCACACUUGCUAAAUGAGGAAGUGCCUAAGAGCCCAAGUGGUAGUACCGCUAGUGAAGCUAGUUUAGGCGGCUCCAACCUUACAAGAUUAAUCACCUCAAACCCAUUUGGAUUAACAACUGAUCCAAAACUGAUCAGAGGUUCAACCUACACGUCUGCUGGAACUCUCAUCAAUCAAACUAUUUAUGCGAUUGCUUCAAAGAUUUUCAGCUACGAGACUGUUGGUGCAGAAAACUUACUUGACUCAUAUAUUCAAGUUUGGUUGCACAACCAACACUCCAAUGCUUUUGGAAUAGUCCCAUUUUACAACAAGUUUGAAGUUAGAUCAGGGGCUUCUAAUGCCAUUUUGGGCUAUUUCAAGAGGAAUGGAACACAUGGUCAACCGGUUUCAACCAUUUUAGGUGCUAGUGGUAUUGAUUACAUGAGAAGCUCCUUAUUAGGACAAAAGGCCCCAUUAGCUUUGAAUGUUUCAGCAGUUGACUUUGUUGAGAAUGCGUUAGUAUCAAACUAUGGAAGGGUUUUGAAUGCAGCCAGAGAUUUAAAUUUUCCAGUGUUUACCUCUACUGAAUUUGGUAAUGAGAGUCAACAUUUGGCCAUCUUGAACCAUUUUUACGCUUUUGCAACAGGUAGACCCUCGAUUUUCUUGUUUGAUGGUAUUGAGUCUGCUAAAAGUUUUAGAAAAUUUGGUGACGCUUUAUCAGUUGAGGAAAUUGGUCAAUUGUAUCAAAAUUUGCUUGAUUCAGCUCCAUCAGCCGAUCUCAGCAUUGAUGCCGCUUUCGAUUUGUUAAACAAGUUCACUGGAAAAAAUUACUCUCAGUUUGAGUAUAUUGGAGGUAAAAACGCCAGGACCGUGUUUAUUGCCUAUGGAACUCAUGUCAAUGAGCAAUGGAGAAACGUUGUUAAUGAAGAAAUUGGCUUGAUUCAAGUUCGAGUCCCACUUCCAUUUAAUCAAAACAAGUUUUUGCUGAUUAUUCCUGAAUCAGCUGGAAAAUUGGUGAUUUUGAAUUCAGAGAAUGACAAGUUGAAGGCUGAUGUCACUGCUACUUUAUUCUUGGGUAAUAGUUACUAUUCACUCUCAAUUGAAGAGUUUAGGUACCCAUUGGACUUUGACUGGACUCCAAUUACCAUUGCAAAGACAGUCUCCAAGUACGAUACUAGUGUGAGGAUUGAGAAUAUUUUACCUUCAUACAACAGCGAGCCAAAGGAUCAAAUUAUUACUGCCAACACAUCACCCGAGGGGCAAUAUUUGUUUUGGAGCAGAGACGAUCGUAUUGUUGUUGAUACUGUUGACAAGUUGGCUCUUUCUUUGUCUUUGGAUGACUCAAAAAAUGUUGCAAUCAGAAACAAAUACGACAAUUCAAAAUCUGGUGGUGUAUUUUUUUCACAAAUUACUUCAACAACCGGAUCGUAUAGCACUGCUGAUGCAGCAGAUGUUAUUGUCAUUGAAGAUUUAUCGUUGUUGGACUCUUAUGAUAUUUUAGCAACCGCCAAGCCCGGAGCCACGAUCAUCUAUAUCAACCAGAAACAACUGAUUGACGUUGAAAAAUUACCCAUUGAAUUCAAAAAGUCAUUGGCUUUGAACCAUAACAAGCUCAUUGCUGUCGAUUUUACAGUUGUUGAUGCAUUGGAUGAAACCAAUAAUGGCACCAAAGGUUUAACUUCUGAGCUUUUGUUACAGUUGGCAUUCUGGAGAGCAACCUUGCCCGAAUUGGGAGAUUAUAUUGUUAACAAGUUAUUGCAAGCAAAUGGUGGCUCAUUAGAAUUAUUGGCAACUGUUUUGGAUAAUUUUAUCAAGGCUGCAGAUUUGAAGAAUGCAAUUGUUCCUCUUGAAGUGUUGCCAGAGUGGGAAGACUUGAAGGAAGAAGUGCCUGAGCUGGAGAAGAGUGAUGAGAAGGAGGAAGCUUCUACUAAAAAUGAAGAGGUUGAGGAAACUUCUCAAGAAAAGGAAAUCGAACCACUUCCAUUCUUUGUAACCGAGACGUCGGUGUUUGCAAACCCAAGAGUGCCACUCGAGCAACCCGAAGAAGUUAACAACACCCUCCACAAACACAUUGCGCAAAAAGUUGUGUUCCCAGAAGCAUUCAAUCUUAAUAAAGAUUUGAGACCCGAUUUGCCAGUCAAGAAUUUUAUCGUCAAGGUGCAAGAAAACAAGAGGUUGACACCAGCUGAAUACUCGAGAAAUAUUUUCCACAUUGAAUUCGAUACCACUGGAACUGGUUUGAAAUACGAAAUUGGUGAAGCGUUGGGUAUUCACGGAAGAAACAAUUCCGAACAAGUUGAAGCUUUCCUCGAGUUUUACAACGUUGAUGGAGACUCCCUUGUUGAAAUAACCAACAAAGAGGAUCCAGGAUUGGUUGAAAUUAGAUCAGCAAGGCAAAUCUUGAGCGAGUCCAUUGACUUUUUGGGUAAGCCACCCAAGAGAUUUUAUGAGUCAUUAGCAGAAUUUGCAUCCGACGUGAAGGAGAAGGAGAAUUUGAUCAAAUUAGCAAGUGCAGAAGGAGCCGAGGAGUUGAAAAAGAGACAAGAUGUUAACUUUGAUUCAUACUUUGAUAUUUUGCAAGAGUUCAAAUCGACAAGACCAAAAUUUGCUGACUUGGUGAAGAUUGUUGCACCUUUAAAGAGAAGGGAAUAUUCAAUUGCGUCGUCACAGAAAAUUCACCCUAACGCCGUGCACUUGCUAGUUGUUGUUGUUGAUUGGGUUGACCCUAAAGGAAGAUUGAGGUAUGGUCAUUGUUCGAAAUACUUGUCUGACUUGAAGAUUGGUGAUGAAUUAGUUGUUAGUGUUAAACCCUCAGUCAUGAAGUUGCCACCAUUAACAACACAGCCAAUUGUUAUGUCUGGGUUGGGAACUGGUUUGGCUCCAUUCAAAGCUUUCAUCGAGGAGAAGAUUUGGCAACAACAGCAGGGUCACGAAAUUGGUGAAAUAUACCUCUACAUGGGAUCUAGACAUAAGAAGGAGGAGUAUCUUUAUGGUGAAUUAUGGGAAGCUUACAGAGAUGCAGGGUUAUUGACUCACAUUGGUGCUGCGUUCUCUAGAGAUCAACCCCAAAAAAUCUAUAUCCAAGAUAAGAUUAGGGAGUCCAUUGACGAAUUGACUGAUGCAAUUGUGAACAAGAAUGGAUCCUUUUAUUUGUGCGGUCCCACAUGGCCAGUUCCUGAUAUUACUGCUUGCUUGGAGGAUAUUGUUUCAAAUGGUGCUAAGCUCGUAGGUGAGGAAUUGAAAGACGUUGCCAAGGUGGUUGAAGACAUGAAAGAGGAGGGCAGAUACAUUUUAGAAGUUUAUUAG